GCUAUCUCGUCGAACAUCACUUGCGACAUUUUUCUGAGUUUGAUUAUUUCCGCGAUGAAUGUACAUUUUUUUCAUUCAUCUCACAGGAAAUUGCAUUCAUUUCGUGCAAUUGAUCUGGAAUUUCCUGUGUCACUGAUGAAUGAAAUUGCGUUCUUUCCGGGAUAGCCUGGUUCAGGCUCUCGGUCAGUGGGGACGAUCGAAAAUAGCGGGCAGGCGACGAGCGGGGUCUGUAACUAAACCCUGACCCUAAACUUUUGAUGACCUGUUUAUAUUAAAGUGGACUUAUCUGUGAAAACGAUAACGUUUUCAUUUGUUGUUUUUGUUGUUUAACAGGCAAAUAUGAAGAAACUCAUUUUGUUGGUGAUAUUUGCUCUUGCCUGCCAGCUUGUGGAACGUAACUAAAGGUUUUCUUUUACAUUAGUAUCACAACACCUGAUCUCCUCGAACUUUUUUGCCUGAAAGGAAGAGUGGAUCGGUUUCAGUCAAUAUGCUAAGGUGCGUACCCUCCUAAUCCUGUGGGUAACGUUACUUGUCACAACAAUCACACGGUCGAUAUAACCAUCACCAACGUAGAUGAUCUUGCGAGGUGGAAUGAAACCGAGUGGCGAUUACAAAACAAUACCUCGUGACAGCCAACAUUUCAGAACAAUAGGACAGUAAACUACGAUGCUCUCCCUACCGCACUGUGCUUGGUCUUCAGAACAGCUUGGAGAUGGCAUCCAAUGCAUCCUUAAAAUCAGCGCAGAAAAGAGCAACCCCGGUGGUACAGGCCAGCUGUAUGUGUACGAUCACCUGUAUUAUGUGUCGUGUAAAUAUGGUAAUCAGAACAAGACAGUGGCAAGCUUUAUGCCGGUCAAGAACCGUCAAGACAACGACUCAAGCAGUGCAUUCUUCACCUUUAAACUUGAAGCUUUCCAUUACUCUAAUUUUACUGGUGAGGUCCCUAACCCAGUUGAGCUGGGUAAGACUUUGUAUUUCAAGGCGACGGUAGAGACUCAAACGGCGACACCUAACCUUGACCUUUUUCCUGUUCACUGUUGGUCAUCAAGGAGCGCCAAACCAAACUCAGGCGAAGGCAACAUUACCUUGAUAAGAAACGGUUGCGGUAACAAGGCUGUGAGUGAAGACAAGUCCGAAUCCUUGUCGUAUACUUGCAAAAAUGACAGUGUAGCCGAGACAUUCUCCAUACCGACCUUCAGGUACUAUGGUGCUGAGAAAGGCGAUGCGGUUUACUUCCACUGUGAUCUCAGAGUUUGCCUGGCAGAUGUCGAUAAUUCAGCGUGUCAGUGCCCUACUGAUGCUGAAUGUGACCCUAAGGGGAGAAAAAGGCGUUCACUCGCUGAUGAAGUCGAUGAAACUAAGGUGUACCACACGUCAACAGGUCCUUUUAUUUUUAAGAGCGACGAGGAAGAAGAGGAAGAAAAAGAGGGUGGUGAGCCCCAGUCCUUCUCGACUAAUUUAGCGGUAACUGUGACGGUCAGCGGUGUUGCCGCCUUAGCCAUUAUCUGUGCAACCGCUUACCUUGUUGUGCGCAGCUGCAACAAGCGUAGGCAACAUGGAGAUGUGAAUGUGGCCACCUAAACUCCAGAUUGGGUAGUCCGGUCAUUUACUGAGGAAAUGUUCAAACCAUAGCACUAGUGAAACACACUUAAGGCGGGGGUUCGCCUAAAAACACACCAUUCUUGAAAAGUUAAAAACACAUGAAAUGAUGACCAGUCAAAUCUGAUGCAGAAAAUGCAGCAUACGUUGCAAUGCAUAACUUCGUCAAAAUGCACUGAAUGGAAAAGUUCUAUCUUAAAACACAAAACUUACUUAGAACACUCAAAAUAUCCCUUUUCAAAGGCAAAAAUAACUCGUUUUGAAAAAACGAGCUUUGAACUUACAGUAAGAGAAAUGCCCCUCAGAAUCAGACUUUAAUACCUCAAGAUUCAGAAUACAGAAUUUUAUUUCCAGAUUACAGAAUUUUAAGUUAACCCCCGCUUUAACAUAGUUUUUGUAACCUUUCAGUUCUUUUUUCAAACGGGUAGGAUAUUUCUAUCCUCUAGUCCAAGUAGAAACAUUACCAGAACCAAAAAAUAAAAUAGUACCCGGGUACUUAGCGUAGCCUGCGAAGCAGUUUCUUUUUUCGCAUAAGUUCGGUUACGAAACAGUCGUCCUCAAUUAAAGAAUUUUUGUGAUUUUGUUAGUUCUUCGCUGAGGGGAGAGGUGAGAAAGAAGGCGUGGGAGUCCCUUGCUUAAGGGGUGGGGAUGCUCGCCGGAAAAUUUGGAUCAAAUCUGAAAAGGAAGUCUAAUGUGGGCUGGCUCAAGCUUUAUUUGACUCCCAGUAACUACCGUUGCAAAACAGUCACGCAAACAAGAGAGGAAAAAAGAGGACAUUUUGCAGUUUGAAUGUUUAGCCUCAAAAGGCUAUUACAGUAUUCUUAACAGUUUAUUUAGUAAUAUUAUACUCUGUCCAAUCGAGUUGCCUAGUUGUAACUGAUUCGAUAAAAUACAGUUAAAUGUAGAAAUGUACAGUUACGUACUGAGGAAAGAAACUGACUACUUGCUUUGUUUUGUGAUUGACGACAUUAACAGUGGCGGAUCUAUAGGGGAGGGGCCC